AUGUACUUGGAUAGCAAAGAUGAUGGAGCAAUCUCUGGAAAUCUAGAGAUGGAGCUGAGUCAGACAUCCUCUCCACACAAUGCUAACUUGCACGGGAAGGUGGCAGCUGAACCAAUUGCCAGCAACUUCAAUGAGCUGCAGCUGUUAAAGGAGUUUCAUGGAAUGGUGUCUGUCCAGGGACAGCCAGAAAAGCCCUAUCAAAAUGGAGCAAUAGGGCAGGAUUGCUGUGUUCCCCUUGGGAAAGAUUUGAGCCCACUCGCCAUGCAGGAGAGGUACCACUUUGGUUUGCCGAAAUUAUUCAGCGCAAGGUCAAAGGACAACUGCUUUACAGAGAAGACGCCUUUGCUGAAGGUUUCCUCUGAGGACAAUGGAUUACGAUGUCUGGCUCUUCAUAAUCCAGAUUUUACCACAGAUGAUGAUUCAUGGGAUAACAGCUCUGCAGAAUUUGAGCAAAGGUCUCACCUAGGCAGUGAAAUGGCCAGCUUAUCUAGAUCUGCUUCCUCUGAGAAAUAUGAACUCUUGGACAACCUUCAUGUCAAGUUCAAUUUAUCAAAGAUGAGAUGCUGUUUAAGAUUCCUAAAAGUUUCAACCCUUUUUAUCUUUGUAGUGGUGUGCUCUAUUUUAUUUAGCACUUAUCCAGAUCAAGGAGCACCCUGGCAGAUGUUGGCUGUGUCACCAUUGGAAAGCUACUCUAUGAAUAUUACAGAUUUUCGUGAAUCCGCUCUGCUGAAGUUAGAACUAGGAGGACCUUUUGCAGCAGAUGUGGUUGAUCGGCGGGCAGAGGAAUACAUAGUAGUGCAAAUUGGGCAGAUACAAGACCCUGGAUCUAGAAGGAGACGUCAGCCACAGGUCUUAUACAACUGGACUCUACCUUUAAACUCAAGACGAAAUGAGCAAGUUAUCACAACUAGAAUCUUUGAGAUCCUUAACAGUAAUGCAAUCUCCAUAAACAUUCAAGCUUUCCUACAGGAGUCUGAAAUUGUUCCUCUCUCCAUGAAGCAUCAGUACCUUCAUGCAAAUAUAGAGACACAAGUAACAAUUGCAUCAGUCAUCUUAGCAGGCGUUUAUGUGCUUAUCAUAUUGGAGACUGUUCACAGAACCCUAGCAGCAAUGUUGGGCUCCUUGGCAGCUUUAGCUGCAUUAGCUGUGGUUGGUGAGAGACCAAGCAUGAUCAAAGUGGUGGAGUGGAUUGAUUAUGAAACCCUGGCGCUGUUGUUUGGAAUGAUGCUUUUAGUGGCCAUAUUUUCAGAAACUGGAUUUUUUGAUUACUGUGCAGUAAAGGCUUACCAACUGUCUAGAGGCAGAGUGUGGGCCAUGAUUAUCAUUCUGUGUCUUAUUGCUGCAAUUCUUUCUGCAUUUUUGGACAACGUUACCACAAUGCUUCUCUUUACUCCAGUAACCAUAAGGUUAUGUGAGGUACUUAAUCUUGAUCCUAGACAUGUGCUGAUUGCAGAAGUUAUCUUCACAAACAUUGGAGGGGCUGCCACAGCUGUCGGGGAUCCACCAAAUGUGAUUAUUGUUUCAAAACAGGAAGUGAGGAAGGCGGGAUUGGAUUUUGCAGCAUUUACAGGACAUAUGUUUGUUGGAAUUUGUCUUGUUCUUCUGGUCUCCUUUCCUUUCCUCAGACUCCUUUACUGGAACAAAAAACUUUACAACAAGGAGCCAAGUGAGAUUGUUGAACUGAAACACGAGAUCCAUGUUUGGAGACUGACAGCACAACGCAUCAACCCUGCCAGCAGAGAAGAAACUGCUGUGAAAUGCCUCUUAAUGCAGAAAGUUCUGACUCUGGAGAUCUUGCUGAGAAAAAAACUCAAAACGUUCCAUAGACAAAUUUCACAAGAAGAUAAAAACUGGGAAACAAAUAUUCAGGAGCUCCAAAAAAAACACAGAAUAACAGACAAAAUACUUCUCAUCAAAUGCCUGACUGUGUUGGGAUUUGUUAUCCUGAUGUUCUUUCUCAAUUCAUUUGUUCCAGGCAUUCAUCUAGAUCUUGGGUGGAUUGCAAUGUUGGGAGCUAUUUGGCUACUAGUGUUAGCUGACAUCCAUGAUUUUGAGAUGAUACUAAACAGAGUGGAAUGGGCAACACUUCUUUUCUUUGCAGCACUGUUUGUUCUAAUGGAGGCUUUGGCUCAUCUUCAUUUAAUAGAUUAUAUAGGAGAACAGACAGCUUUGUUAAUAAAGGUGGUUCCCGAGGAUCAACGCCUAGCAGUUGCUAUCAUUUUAGUACUCUGGGUCUCUGCUCUGGCUUCCUCCCUAAUUGACAACAUUCCAUUCACAGCUACAAUGAUUCCCGUGCUUCUUAACCUGAGUCAAGAUCCUGAUGUUAACCUGCCUGUGAAACCACUAAUCUUUUCAUUGGCCAUGGGUGCGUGUCUUGGAGGUAAUGGGACAUUGAUUGGUGCAUCUGCAAAUGUUGUUUGUGCAGGAAUUGCAGAACAGCAUGGCUAUGGCUUCUCUUUCAUGGAGUUUUUCAGGUUGGGUUUCCCCAUGAUGAUUGUGUCCUGUACUAUUGGGAUGUGUUAUCUCCUUGUUGCUCAUGUCGUACUGGGUUGGAACUCUUAAUAAUUCAUACUUUCAAGACCAAAAGAAGCUUUCUAUCUCGUUCGAUCUAUACAUCAGAGCACUAAGAAGACACCAUAGAAAAGAAGAAGAAAAAAACACACUUUAAAAAGCGACAUAUUGAUUAAAAUGAUUGGCAGUCUUAGUUUUUGUCACUCAUAACCUUAUGUUCUGUGAACAAUUUGCAGAGCUGAGUACUGAAGUUUAAAGGAUUCAAAUUGUUUGUCAUGGUCAAUAUUAAUAAGCACAUAAAGAGAUACCAUCACAAGGGAAUAUGUUGUGUCCUGAAACUUUGUCUUGUUACAAUCUGAGUACAGUCACAGAUGAAAAGACCUCAUUCACAAUGGAAGAUGUUCAGUAGUUUCUUCUUAGGGGUUCAUUUGUCUUUGUCAAUAUAUUUAGCUAUUUGUAUUAAAGUAACUAACAUUCAGUGUGUACAAGCUGUAACAAUAGACAUAUAAGCAGACAAUCUGUACACUAUGAAGG